AUGGCACUGCAAUCUAUGGCCCCAGACAAUGAUAUUCCGUUGCCUAGGAUACGGAAGGAUGGGAUAACAAUACUAUUUGACAAUACUUCGACAGAAGCUUCCAACAUCGAUAUUGUGUUCAUUCAUGGCCUCAAUGGCCAUCCCAAGGACACAUGGAGCCACAACGUGACGGGCUUCUUCUGGCCGUGGGAACUUCGGAAGGAGCUCGAAACUGUUAGGGUCAUGACAUUUGGGUACGAUGCAAGCUUUGACAAUGUUACAAAAAACUUUAUACGAAUAAAAGACAUCGCUGCCGCAUUCACCGAUAGUCUCGUGAACAAGCGAAGAACUACAGAGGAGAAGAAUAGGCCAAUCGUUUUCAUUGCUCACAGUCUUGGAGGACUAGUGGCUAAGGCUGCGACCGUGCUUGCGUCAGAAGCCCAAGCAUCCAGGGCCAAUGAUCUUGACAAAGUCUAUCCAUGUAUUGGAGCUUUCAUGUUCUUUGGCACGCCUCACGGAGGGAGCAAGGUUCUGGGUACAACAGGAGCGUGGAUCCUUCAGAAGAUGGCAAGGGCGGCAUUUAGACAGAUUCCUCCUAAGCUAGAAAGAGCUCUUGAACAGAACUCGGACGAGCUGCUCGACCUUGCCGAUAGCUUCCGCAAGGUAAGCCUCUACGUCGACUCGCAGCUUCUCAUUUCGACCUACUUUGAGCAGAAAGCGACGGUAUUUUUAAACGAAAGGAUAGUUGAUCCUGCUUCUGCGUCCAUACAAUACGCCCGGGCCGACGAUGCAAGACCUAUCAAUGCAGAUCACGUUGGUAUGGUCAAAUUUGAGAAUAACGAGGAUGGGAAUUAUGAGGAUGUCCUUGGCCGCCUUCAACGCUGGGUGGAAAAAUUGACCAUAGAAGGCCAUCCGGUAGUGGCAGGGAAAGCAGAAGAGUGCAUGCGAGCCAUGUACGAGAUAGCUGGCAACUACGAAAACCAGCGAGCGCAAAUUGACACGCCUAUUCCAGAGACUUGUCAAUGGAUUCUUUCACAUUGCAAAUACGAGGCGUGGAUAUCUGCCGAACAAUCUGCUCUCUUGUGGGUGACGGCUGAUGCAGGUUGUGGCAAGUCGGUGUUGGCAGGUUUCCUCAGCGACACUCUCGAGGAGACACAUCCCUCCUUGAUAUGUCCCUUCUUCUUCAAAUCUGGCUUGAAUCAAAGAAAUGAUUUGCGUCACGCGCUCUGUGCCUUGCUUCAUAGGAUCCUCUCCAAUCGACUGGCGUUGGUUCGAUGCCUUAUACAAGAUUUUCGCCAAAAGGGACCUGCAUUCCUCAGUGAUGUGAGGCGUUUAUGGGACAUUGUAUGUACCAUGACUCUCCAAAGAGACUGUCCACCUAUAUUAUGGAUUCUUGAUGCCAUUGACGAAUGCACCAAAUCGGCGAGGGAUCAAUUAAUACAAUUUCUUGCGUCAACCUUUUCGCAACAGCGAUUUGCUGGAUCGUUCAAAGUGCUUGUGACUAGCCGACCCUAUUAUGAGAUCCAGGCUCUAUUCACGGAUAAAACUAUUCGCCUUCGAGGAGAGGACGAGGCAUCAUCUGUCUCUCUUGACGUCGAAAGACUAAUUCACUUCAGAAUUGAGGAGAUGAAGGACGAGGGUUUUUUGAGCCCGAACAUCUACAAGCAAGUGCUAGCACAUUUGAUACAACGCGCUGACCGCACGUUUCUUUGGGCUACACUUGUUUUCGAGUCCCUCCGAAACUUGUCGUCUCGCUCUGAGUCCGAAGUGCUCAGGGCUGUCCAGAGGCUGCCUCCAACCCUCGAUAAAUUCUACGAGGAUGCGCUUGAAAGCUCGAGAGACAGGGAUGCAUGCAAGCGGCUUCUCCAAAUUAUUUUGGUAGCAACCAGACCGCUGUCUCUAGACGAAGUCAACAUUGCACUCAACAUUAAAGAAGACAAAUUUCGUGUCAGAGACCUGUGCGCAGAGCUUGAACCCGAUAUUGAGUUCCGGGUAAAGAACCUCGCUGGCUAUUUCAUACGCAUUGUCAAUUCAAGGGUAUUCUUUAUCCAUGAAACGGCCAGAGACUUUCUCCUACGGACAGAUGUGACCAAUAUCUCAUACUCGUGGAAAGGCUCCUUGACGCUGCCCGGAAGUAACCUCACUCUGGCCAAGAUCUGCAUCUCCUUCCUAAUUCAGGAUGAGUGGUCACUUCCAUCAAGUGUACGGGGCGCUAUGAUUCCGUCGAUACAAUUCGCAGCCAAGUUCUUGGAGGUACCAAAAGCCUUCGGCGUUCCUUUCAUGACCUUUUUCGAAUAUUCUGCUCACAACUGGUUUGUCCAUCUAGAAGAAGGAGACCUGGCCAUGGAGCCCAUCACCUACCCGAUAUUAUUUAGGCUGUAUAAUCCAAAAUUCCUAGGAGUUUGGUGGAGCUUUUACGCUGAUCGCGGGUUUUACGCAGCCGCUGUUAAUCAAAAGCACUACUAUUUGCAUCAUAUAGUAGCUAGAGGCCACUUCUCCGUUCUUAGGAGCAUUGAGAAGUUACCAUUCUUUAAUAUCUAUGAAGAUUCAAGGGGGCAAGGCGUUUUGGAGAUUGCCGCAAUAAAAGGCCAUGAGAAAAUUGUCCGAUGGCUUCUCAGCAACCAUGACAGAGCUAAAUUACAUUGCACCGAGGCUCUAGUGCUAGCCACCAAGUAUCGGAACGUUCCAAUCAUGAAAACGUUACUCGAAGCAGGUCUGAACAGCAAUGAGUGUCAGAUUAUCUCGUCAAUUGGAAGGGCUGUUCUUCCUCCCCCGACUGAGGCGGAAGGCUCAUGGGCGCAGGUUUUGACAACACUGCGUAAUGCUAAAGGGAUCGAACCAGAAGAUUUCCUUUCCGCUGCCACGUACUUACCAUUUUCGCAUUUAAAAGAUCUGUUUCAAGAGUUGAAGAAUAUGCACCUUUUCUUCCGCUGGAUGCUUCUCAAUAACUUUCGACUCUGGAUCAUCACCUUUCUAAUGCAUAGGCACGACCCGAGAAAAUACAUACUACAAGAUGCUCUAAGGGCGUUGAAAGAUGGGCAUCAUGAUGCCAUGUUUCAUCUCCUAGAAACGAUGCGAAAAGAUAUAAGGUGGAUAUCCGAGCGUCGGAGGUUGAAUAUUGUUUUCAUUCCAGAAGGAAAGCACCUUUGGUCAGACUUUUUCUCGACCUCACAACAUACACUCGAAAUGGGAAUCUUGGAGCUCUUCCACCCUGUCACAACGCAUGACCAAAACCCUUGGGAUUUAAGUGGAAAGAAGAGCCUUAAAUAUCCAGAGCAGAUGCCUCAAAAUCCGGAACUAAACUGGGAACUUUUUUCACGACCGGAGACUGUAUUUGAAUAUCUAGAUGACCUGGAGCCUCGCAGGCAAGAUAUUUUCCUCCUAGUGCUACAAACACUAGCAACAAUGAAGCCUAAAUCAUACGAAAUGACCCUCAUAUACGCUAUUUUGGUUCAUGAAGGGUUGGCCAUUUUCAUGUUCGAAAAUAGCCAGAAACUUGGUGGAGAAUUCAGGGUGCAGUUAGUCGCUCCUCUUGUGUGUCUCACUCGACGGACAUACUUACUUCAGCUAAUGUGCCGGACUGGCCUUGAUGUCAACCAGAAUGACUCCUUCGGAAUCUCACCUCUGCUUGCGGCUGUAGCGUCAGGGGAUGAAGACAUUAUACAAUACUUGAUUACAUUGCGAGCGAGGCCAGAUGAGCCUUGCCAUGCACAUUUCCAAGAAGACGAAUAUGGGAUGUCUAAUUCCAGUAUCAGAUUCUUGCGAGUUAUUUGGCAAAGGGUGUUCCUUCCCAGCGACCCUGUGCCAUUACUACCUAUAGGUCUUGCAGCACGCAGCCGGCAAAAGAAUAUAGUAAAGCUGCUCAUGGCAAAUGGAGCGAGCCCGUGGCAGGAGGCUUUGCUAUCCUACAAACCCUUCAAAGGAAAGGCCAGCCAAUGCUCCGUAUUCGACGUUGCUGCGAGAGACUUGUUCCUCCCUGAAUUGUUGCAAUGGAUUAUUCAGAAUAGCAAGGACGUUUCUCAUAUUUUGGACCAACGCGAUGCCUGUACAGGCAAAACUCUCCUUCAUUGGGCGGUUCGAGCGGGGGACGAAUCAAUGAUUGAUGAAAUGAUCUGCCAGCGAGCACCAAUUAAUGCCCAGGAUGACGAUGGACUUACACCACUUCAUGAAGUCACGAUGGGCGUUGGCCAAGGUUUGCUUCCCAACGCAUUUACCAUGGUGAAGCAGCUUCACUUGGGAGGUGCUGAUCUGACAAUUCAGAAUCACCAUGGCAAAACACCUCUUCAAAGUGCUCUUGUGGGAAAAGAUUAUACAGAGUUAUCGAGAUCAAUCCUGGAAGCGAUUGUUGACUAUCUAUCCAGGGCUCCAAAAUGGGGUUCUAACCAGCUAGAUCAAGACGCUAUCCGGGCGGCACACAAACAAGACUUAAUAACCGCAGCCAUCAGAAGACAAGCGUCAUUCUCUAUGAACACACCACCAAGCAAUGCAGAUUUUGAAGAUUUUGAAGAAGACGAUGAGGAAGAACAUACCACCGACGAUGAGUGUGGAGGACGGGCUUGA